AUGGGCGGGGUUUCUGGAGUUUUGGCAUCUUCAUUGCCUGCUGUUGGCUUUUUUGACUCCGAAGCCCUUUCGGCUCGAGCAUCAUGCAGUGGCAACACUGCUACUACACGAUCUCAGUGGUGCGACUACUCCAUUGACACAGACUAUGCCACUGAGCCUGUUGAUACGGGGGUCACCCGCGAGUACUGGCUUGAGUUAACUGAUGAGACCGCGUCCCCUGAUGGUGUGUCACGAUCAGUGAUGCUGGUUAACAACACUCUCCCCGGCCCAACUAUUUUUGCCGACUGGGGUGAUGAUGUUGUCAUUCACGUAACCAAUUCCCUUUCCAGCUCCCUGAAUGGCACAAGCAUACACUGGCAUGGUAUCCGCCAAAAUUACACCAAUCAGAAUGAUGGUGUUGUUUCUAUCACCCAGUGUCCGCUUGCCGUUGGGAAAACAACCACUUACAGCUGGAAAGCCACCCAAUAUGGGACGUCCUGGUACCACUCUCAUUUCGGUCUCCAGGCUUGGCAAGGAGUUUUUGGUGGCAUUGUCAUCAAUGGCCCUGCGACUGCGAACUAUGAUGAAGAUCUCGGUAUGGUGUUCUUGAAUGAUUGGGAUCACCAAACCGUCGACGAGCUCUAUACGACUGCCCAAACUCAGGGGCCACCUACACUAGAUACCGGUCUCAUUAACGGGACAAACGUCUAUGGUGAUGAUGACAGCUCAUCUCAGACUGGUUCUCGCUUGACUGUUCCUUUUAGCUCUGGAACAUCGUAUCGGAUGCGACUAGUCAAUGCUGCUGUCGAUACGCAUUGGAGGUUUUCAAUCGAUAACCAUACCAUGACCGUUAUCGCCUCGGAUCUGGUGCCCAUCGAACCCUACACCACGACAGUACUUAGCCUUGGCAUGGGGCAGCGCUACGACAUCAUUGUCACUGCGGAUCAGGCCGAUGUUGCCGACAACUUUUGGAUGAGAGCAAUCCCACAAAGCGCCUGUUCUGAAAACGAUAGCACCGAUAAUAUUAAGGGUAUCGUUUAUUAUGGUGACUCCGCUGGCACUCCCACCACGACCGGCUAUUCAUUUACGGAUGGCUGUGAUGACGAGACGGACAACAUCACACCAUACAUAUCCAAAACAGUUGCGUCUGCCGAUUGGAGCGAUUUAGAAUCUGCUUCUCUAUCAAGAACCUCAGGUCUCAUCAAAUGGAAUUUGAACAGCACUUCAAUGCUGGUCGAGUGGGCCAAUCCAACCCUAGAAAUGAUUAUGAACAGCGAUACCGAAUAUGAAACCCAAGAAGCUGUGAUCGAGCUGCCAGACGCUGACGAAUGGGUCUACCUUGUUAUCCAGAAUACGGGGGGAAUACAUCAUCCUAUCCAUCUUCACGGUCAUGACUUCUUCAUUCUUGCUCAAGGGUCGGAGACCUAUUCAUCAUCCGUUACCCUUAAUACAGACAACCCGCCUCGGCGUGACACUGCCAUGCUCCCUGCCUCUGGAUAUCUGGUCAUGGCUUGGGAGAGUGACAACCCUGGAGCUUGGCUGAUGCACUGCCAUAUCGGGUGGCACACAUCUGAGGGAUUUGGCCUCCAAUUUGUUGAGCGAGCUGCUGAAAUUCCGGGGCUAGUUGACAAUUCAACAUUGGUUGAAAUAUGCAAUGAUUGGGAUACCUUUGAGGAAGAGAACUCGAUAGAACAGGAAGAUUCGGGCAUAUGA